AUGGUCGUAGAGCAAUCGUGUCCGACGACGAAAAGUGUGCCCACUCUGUUUGAGGACGUCGCGGUAAGGUUUUGUCCGGAAAAAAGGGUUUGCGGGCUACUGCCUCUGCAGCGUCAAACGUGGGAGACGAGUGCUGUCAGCGAAGAGUUUCAAACACCUCUGAAAGACUUCUUUGAAAAGGAGUCUGUCAUAUUUUUCUCAUAAAAAAAAGGUUGCCUGGUUUCCUCUAAGGAGGCCCCACCUGUUGCUCAAAACAAGGAAAUCUAUUUUCUUAAGAGAGUUGAGCCUUUCAACUCAGAAAACUACAGGGAACUCCUUCUCUUGUCUCCAUCACCACUUCUGCAGCUGUCAAGCACAGUUGAGCAGGUAUGCGUUCCCCUGCUGUCAAACAACAUCAACAAAAAACAUCAGAUGCCAAAUCAAAUGUCUGAAUGCAUCACUCGACAUGUUGAGAGCAUGUGCAGUAUAACAUCAGUUGUACGGGGACAGAUUCUAGGGAAAACUGUCGUCCCUAUCCCAACUGUGACAGAUUGGAUGGAAAAUUCAAUCCAGGAACAUAUUCUUCAGAGUCCCAUUGUUCAAAAGGUGACAAAGAUGUUGGAGAUGAUGGAUAGCAGCUAUCAUCCAUCAAUCAAGACUCUAGUUGGAAAUGUAUUUGAUGCGUUACAAGAAGCCCAGGACAGCCUCCAUCUACAGCCACUAAAUGCACAUACUAUCUCAGCUGUAAAAGGAAAGAUUUCCUUACUGGAAACAUUCAUCCUUGCCCUGUUUCAAACGCUCUUCCUUAUCUGGACCAACUGCCAGUCUUAUCAAAGACCAGCACGCAUUAUGUCAUGUUUACUGCAGGAACUUUGCAAUCUGCUCAUUGAACAGGCAUCUACAUACCUCUCUGCAGAUCUGCUAGUCAGAGAGGAUCCUGUGGAAAGUCUACAAAUGGUAGAGAGUGCGAUACAAAUCUUCAGAUGUUUUAGAGAAAUUUACCAGACCCAGAGGGAGAGGUUGGCCAAUCAUGUGAAACAUGCACCCUGGGAUUUCCCAUCUGCUAUGAUUUUUGCACGUUUCAACCAGUUCCUUAAUCGUAUGCUACAGCUGGAGGGCUUGUUUGACAUUAUACUGGACUUUCAGAGGAUGGAAAAGCUGGAAUUUGGUGGGCUUAAAGGGAAACUCUACAGUGAGCAUGCUGCUCAGAUGUACAAAGAGUUCAGUAACCACUGCCAAGUGUUGAGGCACAGUGACAGCCCACUUGCCUUUAACUCUCAGGAUUUUGAAAAUGAGUAUAAGGAUUUCAAAGUGUGGAUUGUGGACUUUGAAGGCCACCUUGCCAGCCUUCUGUGCUUGGCUUUUAAGGAUUAUUCAGGACUGGAAUCAUCUUUCAAAAUGGACAGUGGUCUGACGAAGAACAUGGCUCACACAUCUGGAGCUUUGAUGUGGGCAAAAAUGCUCAGAGAACGUAUUCAAACACCAUGGGAAAAAAUCAGAUUACUGUUUGACAUGUCAGUAAAAACACCUGACUAUUGCUUUAAAAUGACAGUUGUCUCACAGUUAUGCAACAUUUCCAGGCAUGCAGAAGGUGGUGAGAUGGUGAAGGAGUACAACAUGUACAUGGAGAUGUUGAGUCUCCUGGAUCAAUAUGAGGAAGACAUUUAUUCUGGCUGGUGUAAUGGUUUAGAGCAGGCCUGCUUGGUUAACCUGAACCGGCCCCUUAUCUCCAGAAAUACCUCAUCUGGCCUGGUCUCAGUCAAUUUUAAUCCUAAGCUGAGUGAAGUCUUGAAAGAUGUGAAAUAUAUUCAGACUCUCAGUCAGAUCAGCAUCCCUGCAGCUGCAAUGACUGUUUUUGAUAAGCGUGAAAUGUUCACAAAGUAUGUGAGCAGUCUGCAGCUGUUAGUACAAUGGUACAAUAAGCUCAAGCAGACAGUCCUAGAGUAAGAACUUCCUUUCAUCCGAGCUGAGCUGAAAUCCAUAGACCUGCAAUUAACAAGAGCAGAGACUGACCUGACAUGGCAGGAUCUGGACUGCCAGAGUUUCAUCACCACCACCAAAGACCUGGUCUAAGACCUUGUAUGUCAAGUCAGUAGUACCAAGUAAAACUGUGCAGCCAUUCAAUCACUGAUGAAAGGAUGGAGCAAACAAGCCAUGUUUUGCAGAAAGGACAGCAAGAGCUCACUCAUACAGCUGGAAGACAGAGGAGACCAUAUCAACAAGAAGUACAGUGACAUGAAGGACGGAGAUUCUAUCCAUGAGCUGGUGCAGGAGAAUAUGGUCCUUUUCCAUGCUGAGCCUCCCUCAGAAGCAUGGCAAUCCUACCUGGAAUAUGUGGAUGAGAUGGUAGUGGAGGGGCUCUUCAGCUACAUCAGCCACUCUCUUCAGUUCUUUGUGGACAACAUUGAGUCAUGGCCAAACCAGGCUCCUCUGUUUGAGGCUCAGUUGAUGCUGAAUGGCUUGGAAAUGGUCUUCCUUCCCUCACUGGAGCGGGAUGCAGGGGACGGCCUCUACGAAUUGAUAGAAGGAAUGGUAGGAGACAUAUUCAAGACUUCAGAUGUACUGGAUGACAUGCUAGAUUUGUUGGACCUGAGACACGAAAUAAUGGAGCGAGUGGAGAGUGUCCUGAAGAAAGCGAUAAAUUACCAGAGAAAGUUUGACUGUUAUGCCUAUCUGUGGCAAGAUGACAGGGCUGAGUUUCUCAGCCAGUUUCUCCUGUAUGGAUGUGUACAGAGAGCUGAGGGGAUGAAGGUUCAUAGAGCAGAUUCAUUCCCUGAGAGCCCGCCUACAAUCGAUAACUUCGAAGAACAGAUAGAUUAUUUUGAGGAUCUCUAUGCUGAAAUUUCCAAGCUUCAAGUUUUCAAUGGAUGGUUUCAGCUAAAUAUCAAGUUCUUUAAAGUCAGCCUCCUUAACACUGUAAAGAAGUGGAGCUGGCUUUUCAAAGAGCACCUCCUGAAAUAUAUCACUAACGGUCUUGAUGAGCUGCAAAUGUUUGUCUGAGCCACUGUUGAAGGGUUAAACCAUCUUGUGGCUAAAGGAGACCACCAUGACUUGGUGGAAGUUAUGAGUCACCUGCUGGCAGUCAGAGACAGACAAACAACCACAGACAAGAUGUUUGAGCCUCUGAGUGACAAAGUAAUCCUCCUGGAACGAUAUAGAGUGACCAUACCAGACCUGGUCUAUUCUCAGAUGGAGGAACUCCCUGAGAAAUGGUGUGGGGCUAAAAAACUGGCCUUAAAAGUGAGGCAUGAGGUGGCACCCAUGCAGAAUGCAGAAGUGAUCGUUUUACGGAGCCGGGAGAUGUUCAGAGCAACUGCACCCUUCAGUUACAAUGCAGUGCAUCCCUACAUCAGUCUGGAGAAAUGUGAAAAAGAAAUCCGAGACAUGGAGAAAGAAGUAGCAGAGAUCCGGGAGUCCUCAAAUCUAUUUGAUGUUACUAUUCCUGACUACAAAGACAUCAUGCUCUGCAGAAGAGAGAUCACUGUCCUCAAAGAACUGUGGGAUAUUGUUGUAUUUGUGCAGAGCAGUGUGAAAAACUGGACAAUGACCAAAUGGAGACAGAUAAACGUGGACCAGAUGGAUGCAGAAUUGUGGAGGUUUGCCAAGGACAUACGGAAGCUUGACAAAGAGGCUCGUGUGUGGGAUGUGUAUUCAGGUCUAGACCUUUAUGUAAAGAACUUGUUGACGUCACUGCAGGCCGUGAGUCAUCUACAGAACCUGGCAAUAUGCGAGCGCCACUGGGUGCAGCCAAUUUGAACAACACAGAUGCUUAUCACUGUGACUGACAGUACCACCUUGGAAGCUCUCCAGCUCCAUUUGUUCGAAGAUGAAAAUCGCAACAUUGUGGAUAAGGUAGUCAAAGAAAUGGCCAUAGAGAAGGUUGUCACAGAAAUAAGUCAAAUGCGGGCAUCAAGGUGGCUUGCCUAUGAAGAUCAUUACCAAACUUCUGUCCCACUUCUUAAAUGUGGCGAGGAACUUACUAAAGUUCAGCUCCAGGAUGUCUGUCAGAGGAAGCAUGUAGAUGACUUUCUGUUCCAUGUGCUGGACCCACAAAAACAGCUGACUGUGGCUGACUCUGUGCUGGUGGUCACGAUGAAAGUCCAAAGGACAUGGGGCUAUCUGGAAAGCAUCUUCAAAGGCUGUGAUGACAUCUGCCAACAGCUCCCUACAGAUGCACACAGGUUCCAAGCUAUAGAUGGAGAAUUUAAGGAGCUAAUGUUGGACAGUGCCAAGACCAAAAAUGUCACUGAGGCUACCAACAAACCUCAUCUAUUUGAGAAGUUAGAGGAUCUACAAAAAAGGCUGGGAAUGUGUGAAAAAGCUCUUGCUGAAUACCUAGAGACAAAGAGACUUGCCUUUCCAAGAUUCUACUUUAUUUCAUCUGCAGAUUUGUUAGACAUCCUUUCUAAAGGGAGUCAUCCCAGAGAGGUAACUGUCCACCUCUCAAAAUUGUUUGACAACAUGUCUGAUCUUGAGUUUGUCCAAAAUGAACAGCUGGAUAAUCAUAAACUUGUGUCGGGCAUGUACAGCAAAGAGAAGGAAUAUGUCCCAUUCCAUACUGAAUGUUGCUGUUUUGGGCCGGUGGAGGCAUGGCUUACACUUCUUGAGGAGUCUAUGAAGGAAUGUGUAAGGGGUCACCUGUCUGAGGCUGUGUCUGUGUACAAGGAAAGGCCCAGAGAGCAGUGGAUUCUCGACUUCCCUGCACAAGUGGCUCUGACUGGAUCUCAGAUCUGGUGGAGCAAUGAUACAGAGCUUGUGUUUAAAAGACUGGAGGAGGGAUUUGAGGACCCCACGUCUAGUCACCCUCACAGACUGUUUAGAUGCUACAUUACCUUGACGCAGUCACUUCACCUGACCAUGAGUGGAGCCCCAGCAGGCCCCGCUGGAACAGGGAAGACUGAGACCACUAAGGAUCUUGGCAGAGCCAUGGGCAUCAUGGUAUACAUCUUCAACUGUUCUGAACAGAUGGACUACAAGGUGUGAAAUUCACCACACAUUGGAAAUAUCUACAAGGGUAUGGCCCAGACUGGGGCAUGGGGCUGCUUUGAUGAAUUCAAUCGUAUUGCUGUGGAUGUUCUGUCAGUUAUAGCAGUGCAGGUCAAAACUAUACAGGACGCCAUUCGCUCUAAAAAGAAAAGGUUCCUGUUCCUCGAUAAGGACACUGUCUUAAAGCCUUCUGUGCGGAUUUUCAUCACUAUGAACCCUGGCUAUGCAGGCAGGACAGAGCUACCUGAGAACCUCAAGGCUUUAUUCAGACCCUGUGCCAUGGUGGUGCCUGACACUGAACUUAUUUGUGAGAUGAUAUUGGUGGCAGAGGGGUUUCGUGGUGCUAAGCUUUUAUCGAGAAUGUUUACCAGUCUGUACACUCUCUGUAAAGAACUGCUCUCCAAGCAGGACCACUAUGAUUGGGGUUUGCGUGCUGUUAAGUCUGUUCUGCUUCUGGCAGGGGCACUGAGAAGAGGAAACAAGAUGACACCAGAGGAUCAGGUACUGAUGCGUACUCUGAGGGACUUCAACAUACCUAAAAUUGUGACUGAGGAUGUGACUGUCUUCUUGGGUCUACUUGGAGACCUGUUCCCAGGCCUGGAGGUGAAAAGAGAGAGGAGCUGUGAAUUUGAAAAGGCCAUCCGUAAGACCACACUGGAGCUCCGACUCCAGCCUGAGGAACCAUUCAUCCUUAAGGUCUGACAUUUGGAGGAACUCAUGGCAGUGCGUCAUUCUGUCUUUGUUGUGGGAAAUGCAGGGACUGGAAAGAGCCACAUAUUGAGAGUUCCUCAUAAAACCCAUACAAACUUGAGUAGGAAGCCUGUAUGGAAUGACCUCAAUCCAAAGGCAAUAGACAGAGAUGAAUUGUUUGGCUUCAUCCAUCCUGCUACUCGAGAGUGGAAAGAUGGUUUGCUUUCAUCACUGAUGCCAGAGCAGGCAAGCAUCUCCCACCUAGGACCUAAGUGGAUUGUGUUGGAUGGAGCCAUUGAUCCGAUGUGGAUUGAAUCACUCAACACAGUGAUGGAUGACAACAAGGUCAUGACUAUGGCCAGUAAUGAACACGUGCCACUUACCUCUUCCAUGCGACUGGUAUUUGAAACCAGUCACCUAAGGACAGCCACUCCUGCUACUGUGUCCAGGGCAGGAAUCCUCUAUGUUAACCACCAGGACCUGGGAUGGAAUCUGUAUGUUGCCAGCUGGAUUGACCAAGGAGAAUGAAGACAGACAGAAAGGGCCCACCUCACCAUACUGUUUGAAAAAUAUGUUCCUCGUUGUCAAGAAAAAAUUAGAAACACCUUCAAUACCAUCACUCCAAUUCCAGAGAACUCUAUGGUACAGGCACUCUGCAAUUUGCUUGACUGCCUUCUAACACCAGGAAAUAUUCCAUCUGAGUCUCGACGUGAGCUCUAUGAGGCCUACUUCACCUUUGCCUGCAUCUGGGCUUUUGGUGGGGCCAUGUAUCAAGAUCAACUCCAUGAUUACCGGGUAGAGUUCAGUCACUGGUGGACCAAAGUAAUGAAGACAGUGAAGCUACAAGCACAGGGGACAGUAUUUGACUACUGCCUCGACCCUCAAACCAGACGGUUCCUGCCCUGGAGUGAUACUGUGCCUCUGUUUCAAAUGGAAACUUGUACACCUUUACAGGCUGUUCUGGUACACACAGCAGAGACUGUGUGUCUUAGGUACUUCAUGGACUUGUUGCUGGAGAAGAGACAGCCUGUGAUGCUUGUGGGGAAUGCUGGAGUGGGAAAGACUGCACUUGUCAGGAACAAGUUAGACUGUCUGCCAGAGAGUUACAUGACCACAAAAGUACCCUUCAACUACUGUACUACCUCCCUCAUGCUGCAGGGGAUCUUGGAGCAACCAUUAGAGAAAAGAACAGGCAGAAGCUACUCCCCUGCAGGCAACAGAAGGCUGGUGUACUUUAUAGAUGAUAUGAACACAACAGCUGUUGACAGUUAUGGAACAGUGCAGCCUCAUACACUUACACGCCAACAUCUGGAUUAUGGGCACUGGUAUGACAGACAGAAACUAACCCUAAAAGAAAUACACAAUACCCAGUAUGUUGCCUGUAUGAAUCCACCUGCUGGGAGCUUCAAUAGCAACCCCAGACUACAGAGACAUUUCUCAGUGUUCGUGGUGAACUUUCCUUCAUCAGAGGCUCAGAUGUCGAUCUUCAGUCAGAUCCUGUGUAGCCACCUGAAGCAGCAGCUUUUCAGUCCACUGGUUCAGAGGAGUGCUGCGGCUGUGGUCCAAGCUGCUAUAACUCUUCAUCACAAGAUGGUUCACAGCUUUCUGCCCACAGCCAUCAAAUUUCACUACACAUUUAAUCUACGAGAUUUUUCUAAUGUCUUUCAGGGAAUUCUAUUUACUGGGCCCAAGAGUGUAAGGGACAGCACUGAACUGGCACUGCUGUGGAUCCACGAGUCCUGCAGAGUGUACUCAGACAGACUGGUAGAUGAUAAGGACUUGCAGCUAUUCCGGAAGCUCCAGAUGGAGACUGUGCAUGAAUGCUUUGAGGGACUGGAGGACAAAAAGGACAAAGCGCCCCUCCUCUAUUGCCACUUUUCCCAAAUGGGUGAGGAAGCCUCCUAUGCUCCUGUUACAGACUGCUCUGUGCUCAGGACCAUCCUUACAGAUGCCCUGGAGAGCUACAGUGAGCUCAAUGCAGCCAUGAAUCUGGGGUUGUUUGAAGAUGCCAUGUAACAUGUCUGUCGCAUCAGUCGCGUCCUGGAGUCUCCAAGGGGUCAUGGCUUACUGGUUGGGGUCGGGGGCAAUGGGAAGCAGAGCCUGACGCGUCUGGCUGCCUACAUAUCCUCUGUGGAAGUCUUCCAAAUCACUCUAAGUAAAGGUUAUAGCAUCCAGGACCUCAAGAUGGAUCUGGUAGGCUUGUUCCUAAAGACCGGAGUGAAGAACCAGGGUGUGGCUUUGCUCCUGACUGAUGCACAGAUACCCGAUGAGCGGUUUCUGGUCAUUAUUAAUGACUUACUGGCAGCAGGAGAAAUUCCGGACCUCUUCAGUGAGGAGGAGAUUGAAGGUAUCCUGUUGGGUGUGAAGGCUGAGGUCCGAGCCCUGGGACUGCUGGACAACAGGGAUAAAUGCUGGAGAUUCUUUACCAACUGCGUCCAACUAAAGCUCAUGGUGGUACUGUGUUUGUCUCCAGUGGGCAAUGACCUUCGUGUUAUGGCCCUUCAAUUCCCGGCCCCUGUACAAUGCACCACUAUCAACUGGUUCUAUUCAUGGACCACUGAUGCUCUGCAGCCGGUCAGCUACAGGUUCAUCCAAGAGAUUGAAGGCAUUGAGCCUGCCGUCCAGGAAUCCAUCAGUCUUUUCAUGGCCUAUGUUCACACCAGUGUCAACCAGGCAAGUGAAAAAUAUCAGCGCAAUGAGAAGAGGUACAAUUACACCACCCCCAAGAGUUUUCUCCAGCAAAUCACCUUGUACAGAAACCUUCUGGAGAAGAGUCGGGCUCAACUCCAACACAAGAUGAACCGGCUUCACGGCGGCCUUCAAAAACGUCAAACCACUGCUGCUCAGGUUGAGGAUCUGCAAGCCAAGUUGGCAUCCCAAGAAGCUGAACUGACCUUUAAAAACCAGAAUAUUGAGGCUCUGACUAUAAAGAUUGGACUGCAGACUGAGAGGAUUAGAAACAAGAGAGAGGCUGCAGAUGUUGAGGCAAAAAAGGUUGCUAUCAUCCAGGCAGAAAUAUCAGUCAAACAGAAGGACUGUGAAAACGACCUAGCCAAAGCAGAGCCAUCACUAGCUGCCACAGCACCCCUGAACACACUCAACAAGAUGAAUCUUACUGAGCUGAAGGCCUUUCCAAACCCUCCAGUGGCAGUGAUCAAUGUAGCAGCAGCUGUGAUGGUUCUGCUAGCCCCCUGUGGUUGAGUGCCUAAGGAUCAGAGCUGGAAGGCGGCGCGGGCCUUCAUGGGCAUUUAAUGUGAGGUCAUUCCAAAGAGGCAUGUUUUAUCACAAGCUAAUGCAGAAGUAGAAACGGCAACAGCCAAACUAUUGUCAGUUCAAAAGAAACUGGCGGUGAGUUUGUUUCUUCUGGAUCUUGAUGCCAGCGUCCAGAGCCUAACAGCUCAGUUUGAAAGGGCUACAGCUGAGAAAAUCAGUUGUCAGGAGGAGGUGGCACAUACCAACCAGACCAUAGAGCUGGCCAACCGACUAGUCAGUGGCUUAGAGUCAGAAAAGGAGCGCUGGUCCCAAGCAAUUGUUCAGUAUGAGAAGCAACAGAAAACCGUGUGUGGUGACGUCCUCCUCACUUCAGCAUUCAUCUCUUACAUGGGUUAUUUUACCAUGCAGUAUCGUGUUGACCUCCUUAACAAUGCAUGGAUCCCCUUCCUUCAGUCUCAGAAGGUCUCCAUACCCCUGACAGACGGCCUGGAUCCCAUCCUCAUGCUUACAGAUGAUGCCACUGUGGCUGCCUGGCAUAACCAGGGCCUGCCAAAUGAUAGGAUGUCCACUGAGAACACUGCCAUCCUGACCACCAGUGAGCGUUGGCCACUCAUCAUUGACCCACAGCAGCAGGACAUCAAGUGGCUCCGAAACCGGCUGGAGUCAGCACUAAGGGUGGUUCGGCUGGGACAGAAAGGGUAAAUAGAUGUGAUUGAACAAGCCCUUACUUGUGGUGAAACAGUUCUGAUAGAGAAUCUGCCAGAAAAGGUUGACCCAGUCCUGGAGCCUCUACUGGGCAGAAACACUAUCAAAAGAGGAAGGUACAUUCAAAUUGGGGGCAAGGAGCGUGAGUAUAACAGUAACUUCCAACUCAUAAUGCACACUAAGUUGGCAAAUCCCCGUUUCCCUCCUGAGCUCCAGGCCCACACCACCUUCAUCAACCUCACAGUGACUCCUGUGGGCUUGGAAGAAAAGCUGCUGGGACAGGUAGUGUCCCGGGAAAGGCCUAAUCUGGAGACCCUAAAGAUGAAGCUUACCACACAACAGAACCACUUUAAGAUUGAGCUCAAGAGGUUGGAGGAUGACCUGUUGAGUCACCUCUUUGCAACCUGUGGUAAUUUUCUGGAUGAUAUUUCUCUGUUGGAGCAACUUGAAAAUAGCAAGACCACAGCCGCUCACAUUCAGUACAAGGUGGUGGAGGCCAGAGAGAACGAGACAAAGAUCAACGAGGCUCGAGAACUAUACCGCCCAGCAGCUGAGAGAGCGGCACUCCUCUUCUUCAUCAUCAGUGACCUCAGCAAGAUUAACCCCAUGUACCAGUUUUCUCUCAAGACCUUUAACUCAGUGUUCAACAAAGCGAUGGAGCGUGCAGAAUGGGAUGAGGAUGUGAGGACCAGAGUGCACACCCUCACUGAGGCCAUCACCUAUUAUGUAUUCCUGUACACCAGCCAGGGCCUUCUGAGAGACAAGUUAACCUUCUUGUCACACACUGCCUUCCAGAUUCUGCUCAAGCAGGGCCUGAUUGAUGCUCAGGAAUUUGACUUCCUACUGCAUUUUCCUGUGGAAGCUAGCAAACUUAGUCCUGUGUCCUUCCUCUCUCCACAUACCUGGGGAGCCAUUAAGACAAUUUUCACAAUGAUGGACUUCAGUGGGCUGGACAGAGACAGAAAGCGCCCGAGGAAGAUCAUUGAAUCCGGUUGUCCUGAAAAGGAAAGACUUCCCCAGAAAUGGAAGAACAAAAGUUCCCUCCAGAAACUCAUUAUCCUUAGAGUACUUCGCCCUGAUAGGAUGACCUAUAGACUUAGGGACUUUGUGGAAGAGAGCAUGGGAACAAAAUAUGUAGAUGCUGCCAGGCUGGAAUUUGACAAAGUGUAUGAGGAAAGUGGCCCUUCAUCCCCUGUCUUUUUUAUCCUCUCACCUGGAGUUGAUCCACUCAAAGAUGUCGAGAAACUAGGUUUGAAGCUGGGAUUUUCCACUCAGCAGGGCACUUUGAACAAUGUGUCCCUGGGACAAGGGUAGGAGGAGGUAGCUGAAAGGGCUCUGAGGAAUUCUUCUAAACUGGGACACUGGGUCAUUCUGCAGAAUGUACACCUUGUGGCUUUCUGGUUGACCUCUCUAGAAGCGUUUCUGGAGACAGCAGCGGUGGAGAGUCACCCCAACUACAGGGUUUUAAUCACCGGGGAACCAGCACCGAGCCCCGAGAAGCAUGUGAUCCCAGAAGGCAUACUGGAGAAUGCCAUCAAAAUCCCCAAUGAGCCACCCACUUGAAUGAAUGCCAGUCUGCACGCAGCCCUCAACAACUUCAGUCAAGACACUCUGGAUAUGUGUUCUAGAGAACAGGAGUUCAACUCGCUGUUCUUCUCCCUCUUCUUUCAUGCUUGUGUUACAGAGCGUGGUAAAUUUGGUUCCCAAGGAUGGAACCAUAACUACCCCAUCAGCGCCAGAGACCUCACCAUCUCAGCAAAUGUCUUGUACAACUACUUAAAGGCCAACGCCAAAGUGCCUUGGGAGGACUUGAGUUUUCUUUUUGGAGAGAUCAUGUAUGGAGGACACAUUACUGAUGACUGGGAUAGAAGACUGUGUAAGACCUAUCUGCAACAAUUCAUACAUCCAAAAACGUUUGAAGGGGAGCUUCUUCUGUGUCAUGGGUUCCUGGCCCCUCCAUUCAUGGACUAGAGUGGUUACCACAGUUAUAUUGACAAGCAUCUCCCAUCUGAAAAUCACACUCUGUAUGGUCUGUAUCCAAAUGCUGAGCUCGAUUACCUCAAUGUCACCUCAGACAACCUCUUAAGGACUCUGCUGGAACUGCAGCCACAGGACUCCUCCAGAGGAGAGGGGGCAGCUCAAAGCACAGAUGAGAAGGUGAAGUUUGUCAUUGAAGACAUCCUUGACAAGCUUCCUGUGGAGUAUAACAUGACAGACAUACUCACAAAGACAACAGAACGAAGACCCUACCUUUUAUUGUGUUUCCAGGAGUGUGAACGAAUGAAUUUCCUGCUAGCAGAAAUAAGGAGGUCCCUUAAGGAGCUGGAUCUUGGUCUGAAGGGAGAACUCACCGUCUCUUCCAGUAUGGAGACUCUGCAGUUUGCCCUUUUCAAUGAUUCUGUCCCAGAUUCCUUGGCCAGACUCGCUAAUCCCUCCACUAAAACACUGUCACAGUGGUUUAGUGAUCUCAUGUGUAGCUGUCAGACGCAAGACUUUGUUCUACCUGCAGUUGUUUGGAUCUCAGGACUUUCUAACCCAAAGUCCUUUCUCACAGCUGUGCUGCAGAGCAUCGCACGCAAGAAUCAGUGGCCCCUGGAUAAGACACAGACUCUGACUGUGGAUGUAACAAAAAAGACAAAAGACGACUUUGGACAUCCACCAUGGGAGGGAGCUUACAUCCACGGACUCUUCCUGGAAGGAGCACGCUGGGACAUUCAGUCUGGAGUCAUCUUCGAGGCAGUUUUGAGGGAUCUGACCCAGGCCAUGCCAGUGCUGUAUGCUAGGGCUGUGCCUGCAGAGAAGCAAGAACUCAAGGGUACUUACAAGUGUCCAGUGUACCCCACUAAGCAGCGUGGUUCCAUAUAUGUUUGGACCCUACACCUCCGAACCAAACAUCCUGCUGCCAAGUGGACUGUAGCUGGAGUGGCGCUGCUGCUGUCUGUGUGA